UGCAAAAGCAAGUGAACGGGUAUCUUUGGCAUAACAAAUAAAAGGGUUCUGAUGACGUUGAAGAAAAAAAGGGCCAUUUCUAGAUUAGUCCAUAAUUAUUCUAAUGAUAGCCCCAAUUGAAUAUAUUUCAACUCUUUUAUUUCAGGCAAGGAGUAGUAAGAACCAACAAAAAAUACUGUCAAACUACACGCCACUGUCGUGAAUCCUGCUGGAGAAAUGCCAAACCGGCAUGUGGUUCCGAUGGCAAAAUCUAUGCCAAUGUUUGCAGGAUGAAAUCCAAAAAUUGCGGGAAGCACGUCUUUGAAGUUCCCAUGGCUUACUGUACUAGUCAAGAAAGAACUUCCCAUAGCUUGUCAUGUCCAGUCGGUUGCAAGAAUGAAAUAGAAAAGCCAACUUGUGGAUCGGACGGUUUUGUCUACAGAAGCGAAUGCGAACUCAAAUUACUCAACUGUGGAAACAACAGACGAGUAACCAAAGUUGACUACGAGAAAUGCAGAGGAAGACUAUCGAAAUGCAUCAAGAUGAAGUGCUCAAAGGAUUUCGACCCAGUGUGUGGUACUGACGCUAGAACUUAUACCAACCAGUGCCAGUUGAACUUAGCCACGUGCCUGAAGAGUGUUCAGUUUGCUCACGUUGGCAACUGCACCAAGCUGAAAGAACAGCAGCCUUGUCCAACGAGCUGUGCUAACGAAGUUGGAGACGAGCCUGUUUGCGGAUCAGAUGGAAAUGUUUACAGAUCAAAUUGCCAUCUGAGGAAAGAUACAUGUGGACAAUUGGUCAUUGAAGUUCCUCUGCAUCACUGCAGGACUACGGCAGCCUGUAACGAGAAAUGUCCUGAAGACAAGAACUUUGUGUGCGGAUCAGAUAACAAGCUCUACAGAAGCGAAUGUGAAAUGAAACGAGACAACUGCGGAAAACACAUCUUCGUUGUUCCCAUGAAACGUUGCAUAGCAGGCUUUCACUUCAAAGGCUGUCAAAAAAUCUGCCCGACUUAUUAUGAUCCAGUUUGCGGAACAGACAACAUGACCUACAGCAACACCUGCUUUUUGGAAAUUGAAAAUUGUAGAUCGAGAUCCCUGGUGACAAUGAAACAUAUGGGAACUUGUGCUGAACCUUUGAAUGAAAUACCCAAAAAUUACCUAUAUUGAUAA